GUCGGAAUGUGGGCCGGGUACGUUAUGUGUUGGUCAACCCCAGCUUCAGAUUCCGGCAAUCAACAUUGAAGUGUUCCAUCUUGAUCAUAACAUUGUGUGGUUGAAUCGCUAUAUCAUCAGUGCAGACACAAACAGCAGCAAUGGACUCGCUUCGAGACGUCAUCCAGGAGACUGUCACAGCCUUCGUUGAGAACAACACUGCCGCGGUCAAAAAUAAAGAUGUCUCUUUGCUCUCCUCCAAACUCUCCUCCAACUGCGUGAAGGAGUAUCGUCCACUAUCUUUCGUCAGAAAGUACCCGCAGUUCUUCAAGCCCCAGGUCACGAAUGCGGAAUAUGAGGCGCAGAUGGCCAUGGAUUUGAACACCAUGACAGAUGUCAAGCAGAAUGUCACUCGGACUGUCAUUGAUGCUCACCAGCGCGUGGCCAAUCUGUGGAUUGAGAAGACAGUCUAUACUGUUGAUGGAUCUACGAGUUCUGUUGAGGUCAUAUACGACCUAGAACUCUCACCCGAUGGGAAGGAGAUCACCAAGUACAUUGAGUUUGUGGAUACCUACGUGUCGGUUCAAGUCUUGGAGCAGAUGCUGGCCAAUGCAGGACGAAACUAAAUCACGGUCGUCAUACCUCUCCCGUCAUGCAUCAUGGGAUCGAUGUUGGUCAAGGUGGUUUACCACAAGUCUCUGGAUGGACCCUGUUCGCUGGCAACAAGCCCUGGAGUAGGGAGACACUAUGUACUCAUUCAGCUGCAUCAUUCCACCAUUCUAUCCUUCUUCUAUGAUAAUUUCCAAAUUCUGUAAAGUCAUUCAGUAGCAACAGCUUCUUAACACGUCUAAAGCUCUCCCAGUUCUGAAGUUCUCAAUUACAUCAAUUCUCGAGCUCAGCAAGGCACAAAAGCUGAGAGGAAAUCCGUAAGGUUCAAUCUGCAUUCUGUUCAAUUUUUAAUGCAGAUUGAACCUGUUCAAUUUUUGGGGCCGCUGAAGGGCAUGUUCCAACGGCAUCCCCUCCCUGUUGAGCCAUGUUAUCGGAACUCCCUGCAGGAUGCUUCAUGUCAUUAUCAGGUGUUGGUCUCGGUGGGUACGUUGGAGCAUGCAUCAUAUUACCGCCAACAGGCGUUUCCUGCCCGUUUCUUGAUACUUCCCGGAAGGUUCUCGGAGGAAGGACAGCUGCCCAGGUGGCUGGGCAAUGGGUAUUUGGGCUUGGGGUGAGGCGAAGGGUUGCACACUGCAUCGCCUUAGUCC